GUGGGAAAGAAAAGAAAAGAAAAGAAAUGCGUCUAUGAAUUUAUUUAUGAGAAACCGUCUAAACUAAAACAUUUUGCACUAAAUAAUAUUUAAGGCAGCUUUGCUGAAACCACAGGAAAGCAGUCCACUCCUGGAGAAAUCAAGACUGUCACCAUGGUUGCCACAAGCACAUUAAAGACCAAAAGCAGCGACUGCAUAUCGGAUUUGGUUGAGCGAAGAUAUGACCAGGCUUGCAUUGAGAAAGAACUGGAUUUCUGGGAUCACUGCUUGGCUGAGCCCCAGAGGAGUGCAGAUGUCUCUGAAGACAGAACCUGUCAACAGCUGGCUAAGAUGUUUGAGAACUGCCUGUCACGAGCCAAGAAGACAACACUGCACUGCUCCUCUGUGCUGGUACCCGAGAAGCUCACACGGAGGAUAGCUCGGGAAGUCCUGCGACUGGCGUCUUGUGAGCCCUGCGGCCUGCGUGGCUGCGUCCUUUACAUCCACCUGGAGCUGGAGAAGGGCUGCAAGAGGCUGGAGCGCAUUGUGUACGAUGCCACCGUGGUGCCCACGUUUGAACUGACACUUGUGUUCAAGCAGGAUGGCACUGCCUGGCCCAGUCUGCGGGACUUCCUCUUUAUGGGAACCUGCUUUGCCCCAUCUUUCAGACAUGUACUUAAACUGAGUCCAGGUUUCCGACUCGUCAAGAAAAAACUGUACUCCUCCUCGGCUGGUACCGUGGUAGAGGAGUGCUGAACUUUGAGGGAGGUUAGAGUGGGAUAAUGGGUUUCCUGUGGGUAAAUGCACUUCUGCCCAAAUGUAAGACACACAUUUUCUACAGUGUUUUUGUAAUACAGUUUGUCAGUUUAUCAAAUAGCAGCCAGUCAGUUCCUGAGUGACUGUUUGAAACUUGGGAUACAAAGUUGAAAGCUUAUGCAUAAAUGAGCCUGAUAGUUCUGGUUUGGCUUCAGUGUUUCUAAGUGCUUUUUUUUUUU